AUGGACUUGGAUGUGUCCAACUUGCAAAAAGUGGUCUACGAUGAUCUUUAUGAACAUCUUUUCCAUAUCUAUGUGGAGCACAAACCAUCUGAGAAACAGCAUCUAGGCUAUGUUGACAAAUCCACUGAUCUUUUGGAGAUCUCAUUGCCUAAGUCAAAAGUCGACUUGACUAUCCAACAGUCUUUAGCUUCUCUUUCAUCUGCCACCGAAUCGUCGUCUACGGGCUUUAUAUGCUGGCAAGGAGCAGUGAACUUUGCCGAUUGGGUAUUGGCAAACCCGAAUUGUCCUUUUGGUGAUCUUUUUAAAGCAGGAAGUAGCAUCUCGGUUCUAGAACUCGGAGCUGGGGUUGGAGCAGUGCUAGCGUCAGUUUUCGGACCCAACGUCUCAUCAUAUGUUGCCACGGACCAGAAGCAUGUGCUUAAGUUGAUGAAGUCAAAUUUCGCCAAUAACGUAGUGUCGCAAAGGUAUAGCAGUUCUACAUCUGUGAGAGCACACGAUAGUGGGCCCAAGAAGAGGGAAGGCGAGUCCUGGGGCACUAUUGAGUUCCUUGAAUUUGACUGGGAGCACCUAGAAGCUGGAACAUCCAGAUACCAUCAGAUUACAGGUCAAGAAUGUCCUGAUGUCAUCUUGGCCAGCGACACCAUCUACAAUGGUCAUCUCAUUUCAUUCUUCGUGAGAGCCUUGAAAAAAAUGAUGGGCCCACAUACGUUAGCAUUGGUCACGAUUCAACUAAGAGACGAAGAUGUCACCGAGGAGUUUUUCUUGGAGAUUUUCAGCCAGCAUUUAGAGUUACUCGCAGUUCCAGACGAGUUACUAGAUGACAAACUUAUAGAGGGAUUUAUGGUUUAUUGUAUCAGGAAAGCAGGAUAG